UGGCCUGAUGGUAAGAUCCGUCCUUUCUCUGCUGUGGUGCGGAAGGUUGGAGAGGGGUGUCUUAACUCAGGUAUCGUCUUCGUCACCUGAACGCAGUACAAAAUUUCGAAGUCCGUCUCAAAAUAAACCUAGUGUUGCUUAAAAAACGGGACAUUAAUAUAACUGAACUAAAUCGAAAAAAGCAGUAAUUUGCCAAAAUAAGUAAAACCUAUGCUUUUGGCUGACAUGAUUGGAACAGCCAAUGAGCGUUAAGAUGCGUAAAUCCUUUCUUCUACCAAAGACGCUUGUCAAUUUUGACGCCGGACAACAAACCUUCAUACAGCCAUCCUUGCUUAUAGUGAAUAGCCCUUCAUCAAAGGUAUCAAUUAAAUUUGAUGAUUCGAAUGGAGUUAUAAAAAUGGCAAAUAGUGAAAGUUUUGAUUUCAGCAUUGCUGGUAGCACAGCAGGCUGCGCUUCAACUUAUUGUGUCCAGAAAACUGAGAACAGGUCCAGAGAAGUUGAAAUGCCAAAUUCAUUUAUUAAAAAAGAGGAUAAAGAAGUAACAGUAAAAUGCUCAAGUACUUUCCCAGAAGCACCUAAUUCAAGGAUCACAACUGGCAAUCUGAAAAAAAAGUUUAUACCUGGUAAAGGUUUUGAUAUUGUAAGCCAGUGUAUAAGAAAAAGGAUCAUACAUACGUUAGCAUUAAAACCUUGUAACAGAUCAGAACUUCUGGAUAGAUUGAUUAAAGAGGGCAUCUCUGAAUUCGACAAGAGCCAAGUAUUUGCCAUAUUGUAUUUUGUUGGUACUUUCAACGGAAAACUAUUUCAUCUGCAUACCAAGUUAUGGAAGGAAGUUGAAGAUGACUGGAGGUUUUAUUCACCAGAAGAUGCUGCAAUUGUUAAAAAACGUAAGCAGGAAGCAUGCCAAACUGAUGUAAAUCGGGUACCCAACGAUCCACCUUCAAAAGAAAGUUUAUUAAUGAAUGAAAUCUUUGCCAAUUCUGCGCCAGUCCAAAAGAAACAGAAGAAAACUGGAGUUAAAGAAGAAAAUUCUGGCGUUCGUUUAGUACAGUAUGCAAUGAUGAAUUCGACACCUAAAAAUUGCCCUAGUCCUGCUUCUGAAUCCAAAAAAUCUAACGAGCAAGUUAUAUCCUUUCCAUCUGUUAACAAGAAACAAGACAGGAAGAGGGGAAAACUGGAAAAUUCUUCUUUGAGCAAUUCAGAAGAAAAGAGUCCCACUGUAAUAAAUAAGACAAAGCAUGCCCUUGAAGAUGUUUGCACGGAAGAUUCAUUAGUGGAUGAAAUCAUUGCCAAUUCUACGCCAGUCCAAAAGAAACAGAAGAAAACUGGAGUUAAAGAAGAAAAUCCUGGCCUUCGUUUAGUACAAUAUGGGAUGAUGAAUUCCACACCUAAAAAUUGCCCUACUCCUGUUUCUGAAUCCGAAGAAUCUAACGAUCAAGUUACAUCCCUUUCAUCUUCUUACGAGAAAUAUAAAAAGAAUAGAGAAAGGAAGAGAAAGACGAACCAAAAGUUGCCCUUUUCUUUGAACAAUUCUUCUUCGGCUUCUAAACCUUCACAAUCCACUUCUACUUCUCUACCUUCCUUCUUUUCUUUGACCAAUGCAGAAAAAAACAAUGAUUGGUGUUCCAUUGUAAUAAAUAAGACGAAGCGUGCCCUUCUUAGAGAUUGUGUUUCUAAAACAGAAAAACUUUUUUCAACUUCUGCUCCUCCACGUUCACGAUCCGCUUCUGCUCCUCCACGUUUACGUUCACGAUCCGCUUCUGCUCCUCCACGUUUACGUUCACGAUCCGCUUCUGCUCCUCCACGUUUACGUUCACAAUCCGCUUCUGCUCCUUCACCUACUCUUUCCACUUCUGCUUCUCCACCUUUUCAUUCCCCUCCUGCUUCUCCACCUUGUCAUUCCCCUCCUGCUUCUUCAUUUUCACAAUCCGCUUCUGCUUCUGCACCUUCACAAGCCUCUUCUGCUGCUGCACCUUCACAAGCCUCUUCUGCUGCUGCACCUUCACAAGCCUCUUCUGCUUCUGCACCUUCACAAGCCUCUUCUGCUUCUGCACCUUCACAAGCCUCUUCUGCUUCUGCACCUUCACAAGCCUCUUCUGCUUCUGCUUCUCUACCUUCUCAUUCUGCUUCUGCUUCUCCGCCUUCACAAUCCACUUCUGCUUCUCCAUUUUUACAAUCCUUUUCUGUUUCUUCAUCUUCGAAUCCAGCUUCUGCUUCUUCAUCUUCGAAUCCAGCUCCUACUUCAUCUUCGAAUCCGGUUUCUGUUUCUUCAUCUUCAGAUUCCGCUUCUUUUUCAUCAUCUUCACAUUCUGCUGCUUCAUCUUCUCAUAGCGAUCAAGUUUCUUCAACAUCAGAUCCUACACGUUCAAUACUGCGUCGUAUGUAUAAAAUUCUAACUUCAGAGUCUUCAGAUAAUGAUGCUAAUAAUUUUAGAAGGAAUUUUACUAAAAUUACUUCAUUGGAGCAGAGAAACAGAUAUAAAGAAUUUUUCGAUCAUCAAUGGCCUGUUUACACAGCAUUCAAGGAAUCUGUGAUGAGUGCAAAUGAAAAAAUGGCACAUCUGGAAGAAAAUUUGAAAACUUUAUCAAAAGGAACUCAAGAAUAUGAAGCUGCUUUGAGAAAAUUGUUUCAAACUUAUAAGAUGUACUUUGAAAAAUCCCAAUACAAAGAAUGUAGUCGAUUACUGGUGAAAAUGAGACAGAAAUUAUCUUACAUAAGACGUCUUAUUCGUGAAUUUGACAUUGAACAUUCCAGAAAUCAUUCAACUUUUUAAUUUCUUUAUGGUAGGAAUUUAGAUGCUAUGUAUUCAUGUAGUAGAAUGUUCUUAAUGCCGUUUGUUACUUGGUGCUUGUCUUGCACCAAACUUUUUUAAACAGUCUUCCCCUGGCUGUAUUUAUUUUAUACUUGAAAUUGAUUUCUAAAUGGCAACCAUCCUUAUUUCUCCCUUUCUAGUUAUUGCCCAUUUUCAUCAUGAUGAGUCCUGUUAGUUAAAAUAGUACUUUACCCACUGUCAUCAUCGAAUCAUAUUGUUAAUUUAUUAUGAAUAAAUGCUCUUGGCAUGUUUUUUUUUCUCCCUUUAUUAAAUAAAAAACAUAUGGUAACAAGUUUGUAAUAAUUUUCUCUGCAAAUUCUGCCAAAUAUUUAGAGGGUAUAAAUCAUUUUCAUGACUUCAAUUUCUUUGAGAUUUAAUAUAGGAUAAUUGAAGCAUGUGAAUCCCCCUCCCCUUUACAUGAAAGGAAGUUUGUUUUAUGAAUGUAAAAUAUGUAGUCAAUGUUUCAUUUUUGUGAUAUUUUUUGAGCAACUAAGCAAAGAAAUUUCCUUUAUAAAUUUUAUUGUAUUCUGAGAAAAGAAUUUUUUUUUCCCCCAAACCCCCAGUUUUGUAAAAAAAAAUUUAAUGGAAGAAGACAAGAUAUUUGUACAGAAUAUAUCAGUGUGAAACAUUUUAGUCAGUGUUUUAAUAACUUUUGUUCAUUUAAAAAAAUAAAAAAGCAUUUAUAAAUAAGCAUUUAUUAUAUGAUGGACAAAUAAAUGUUUGAAAUCCUUUCUUGGGCUCAUAUUAGUAAAUAAAAUUAUUUAAAUAUUUUGGAUGACAUUUUAAAUUAUUAUUGAAAACUAAUUACGUCAAUUGCAUUUGUUUGGUUUUUCAGUGAAUUCUUAAGAAUCUGACAGUAUUGAUUUCUUUUGGUUAUUUACUCAGUUCUGGUUGUUUAUUUUCAAGUGUUUUUAUGUUGCUCAAAUUACAGAUUUCUUGCUGACUAUCCAAAUAAUUCUGUGCAUUGAGUUGUUAUGUAUGCAUUUGUAAGAUUUUUUUUAUGUAGAGCAUUCCUUUUUUUUUUUUUAGAAAUUUUUUUAAUGUUAUUACAGAAAUAUAGAAAAAUAUUAUUUUUGUUGUUGUAACUUUAUUAAUCUAAGAAAAAAAGUCUGUAUUUGCAAUAAACAUGAGAAAAUAGCCUUUCUGUAUCCUUCAGGGGCAGUUGGCUCAUUUUACUUUAAAGCAUAAUUCCAAGUUGUAAUCAUUAAUUUGACUCUUCUGUUACAUUUAAUGGAAUUCAUAUUAGGUAUAUGAAUAUAUUGAUAUGUAGAUCUCAACAUAUUAUAAAGAUUAUAAAUCUAAAAACUCAUCUCUAAUUGUCAUUAUUGAAUUCACAUUAUUAAUACAUAAGUGUUUAUUUUAUUAUUUUGAAAAAUGAUUGCUAAUAAAUGUAUUCUUCAGCAUGUUUAAAUAAAGAGUAAUAAACUUUU